AUGGCAACCAACCGUGAGCUUCCAAAUUUUCACCAUCUCACCGUAUCUGAACGUGUGAUCUGGAAAAACUACCAAAAAGACUAUCUCCUCUACUUCGAUCACUACAGCUGCGAAACUGCUAACUAUGGAGCAAUGAAGACGGCCGUCAAGAACUACAUCACCGACAAACUGGAGGCAUUGACGUAUGACAGUUCUGCAGGAGCCGCCGAACUUCAAAGAUUCUACCUCUAUGCUAAUCGCCGCUUCGAGGAGGAUUUGAAUCUUCUCAUGGACAUAUAUCUUCUCGACACAAUGUGGGACUGGGGAAACCAUAUCGAGGCGAAUCGUGUCGAGGUGUACAUCAUGUAUAAGUACGGACCAUACUAA